AUGGGCAGCGAAUACGACUACCUCUUCAAGCUUCUGCUAAUCGGGGACUCCUCCGUUGGGAAAUCCUGCCUGCUCCUUCGAUUCGCUGAUGAUUCCUAUGUGGAUAGCUACAUCAGUACCAUUGGGGUUGAUUUCAAAAUCAGAACAGUGGAGCAGGAUGGAAAGACAAUCAAGCUGCAGAUUUGGGAUACUGCUGGUCAGGAGCGCUUCCGAACAAUAACAAGCAGUUACUACCGAGGGGCACAUGGAAUAAUCAUUGUUUAUGAUGUUACUGAGAUGGAGAGCUUCAACAAUGUCAAACAGUGGUUGAGUGAGAUUGACAGAUAUGCAAAUGACAGUGUCUGCAAACUUUUGGUCGGGAACAAAUGCGAUCUAGUUGAGAACAAAGUUGUAGAUACGCAAACAGGACAGGCGCUCGCGGAUGAGCUUGGCAUCCCUUUCCUUGAGACCAGUGCUAAAGAUUCAAUAAAUGUGGAGCAAUCUUUCUUGACAAUGGCUGCAGAAAUUAAGAAGAAAAUGGGUAACCAGCCGACUGCUACCAAGGCAACAGGAACGGUUCAAAUGAAAGGACAGCCAAUCCAGGAAAAGAGCAACUGCUGUGGUUAA